CCAAUUUUCCCCCUUUUCUUAAAAAACCCCUCACCGCCCAAUCACAAUUCCCCAUCGCCGUCGCCGGAGAAAUGACGAACUACGGCACAAUUCCGACCUCCUCCUCCCCUACCAACGUCAGCCGCGAGUACAUCUCCCGCGCCAAGGCGCGCUUCCAGGAAGGCCUCGCCACGCGCCGCCCCUGGCGCGAGAUCGCCGACAUCCACAGCUUCUCCCUGCCGCGCUCCUUCUCCGAGGCGGUGGCGCGCGUGAAGACGAAUCUAGCCUACUUCAGCGUGAACUACGCCAUCGUCGCGCUCGCGAUCGUGUUCCUCAGCCUCCUCUGGCACCCGAUCUCGCUCAUCGUCUUCCUCGCGAUGCUGGCGGUGUGGCUCUUCCUCUACUUCCUCCGCGACGAGCCGCUCGUGGUCUUCGGCCGCCUCGUCAGCGACAAAAUCGUGCUGAUCGUGCUCGGAGUCCUCACGAUCUUCGUCCUCCUCCUCACCGACGCCACGACGGAGAUCCUGAGCUCGCUUCUCGUGGCGGUGGUGGUGGUGCUGGUCCACGCCGCCGUGAGGAGGACCGACAAUUUGUACCCCGAUGAGGAAUCCGCGGGUCUGCUGAGGUCAGCCAGUCCGUCUUCUUAAUUUUUUUUAAUCCGAUUCGGUUCGUGUUUGUUUAUCCUCUUCCAUCCUCUCUGUUUCUGGUGAAUUGAAAACCUCAUUUAGUCGUAUUGAUUAUCUGCUGUUUGUUGUUGACUUUCUGGAUUUUUUUGUUAUUCUGUUGUAUGUUUGAGAUGUAUUUAUUCAGCAAUAACUCUCUUGUUUUA